ACUGCCUCGCGCAUAGUACACGUGCAUGCUUAGAUUACUCAUUGCACGCGUUUUCGGUCAAAUUUCCAAGUUUCACUCGCCGUAAAUAAUAACGAUUGUUUAAGAAAUUAUAAAUUAACUGUGGAAUUCACGAGAAUGGUCCUUUUGUAUUUAUUCUGACAUAUUCUGUGCAGUAAAGAAAAACGUAUAAGAAUGGGACGAAGCUGAAUAAAAUGUUAAUCCAAUCGAAAGGAUUCUCAUUUACUUUUACCAAUUCGAACGUGAAUUGAAUAUUCUCAUCGUUUAACUUGGUGCAAAUGGAGCAAUUGUUUCAACAAUCACAAUGAAUAGGAGUGUAGUGAAAGAGACUUGUGCGACCCAAUGGGUAUCCUGAAAAAGGAGCCUUUCUCGGGAUAAUGGACACUAAUAAGCGGGAUUACUCUGGCAGGACUAAGGAAGCCGGUACAAACGAUAAGCUAUCCACGAGCACGCCGAAAGUCUCAACGAAAUAUGUCUUCAAGCCGGAAGUGGUGAAAUCCUUACCGAAAUAUACACAGCAUUGUUCGGCGGACGGUAAAAACUCACGAAAAAAUAGUGGCAAUGGCCUGAGAGGAUUGUUCGAUCGCGUCACGAGACACUCGAGUGAGAACAAGAGUCAAGAGCGUGAUGUGGCAGAGAGGAAAAGAAGCCGAUCGCUUUUUUUAGCGCACGAUCAUUCCAAGGACAGCGUUAAAUUGACGGCUCACCGAAGCGGCCGAUUGGAUCGUAGGAACGCGAAGAAUCAACCGGACGUGAGAUCUCGCAAGGAUCCGAUAGAUGCGAGGCUGAGGAACAACUUUGAUUACGAGCGUGGCAAUGAGCAGUCGUCGCGCUUGUCGGACAACAAAAGUAGCGGCAAUUUGUCAAAACAUCGGAGCUGGACUGAUCAGAGCGUCGAAAAGCACGGGGCACCGAGUGAUCAUUUGGAAACUUGCCAAGAGGAAUACCGAGAGAAUGGCAAGCUGUGUUGUUCCAGUACCGGGACGAAACGUCCCGGCGAUAAUCGGCACAAUAAUGCGACGAGAUCCAACGAAAAAAGGUGGAGUCAACACGACUCAGCGAUGGAGGAGGAUCACCGGCGAUCGAACAGAAAUCACGGCGAGGUCGUUGAUCGUGAAUGUUCCGAGCCACCACCGCCGCGUCAUCGAGCCAAUCACAGUUUCUCUCGAGAGAAUUACGCGCCCAAGGCUGAUUGUCAUAGGCAACAUUCUCGCGAGGUGAAACCAACUCAAUCGUCUGAUUCGUACGAACGACACAAGCGCGAAAACGUCAGAUCGCUCCGACGAGUUGAUUCGCCCUAUCCACACGACACGAGUAAUCACACGGAGCGUUUGUCACCGCCGCGAGACGUGACCGGCGUUGAUCAGACACCGAGUAAAUUAACGACUUGCCGAUCCUCUCAGGAUGACUCCACGAUCUCACCGAUCCUCCGCGAUUACGAGACAACUGUCAAGAGCCGCGGCGAUUGCGCCUACUGCCGGAGACUCGGACCGACGAUCAUUCGCCAGGGUGCGAUCAGCCACAAUUAUUCCAUCGUUGAUGCCGCCGAUGGGACCAAAUCCGAACUGGAGAAGGCCAAGGCCAGACGAAUCUACGAGUUUGAGAAAAAAUUUGAGCAUCCGGAGCCCUCCCCGGCUGGCGGUCUCCUCUAUCGAACUCGAUCGUUGCCCCAAUUGUCCGUCCACGACAGCGGCGUUGCGAGCGGCAACGAAAAUUUACCUGCCAGACCAACGUCAAGACUGGUCGCUGAUUUGCGACAGCUGCUCACCCUCAAACAACACUAUUAUCCGGAGGGUGGCUGGGGAUGGGUUAUCGUCGUAGUUGUUGUACUUGUGCAAAUUCUGUCACACGGAAUCCACGGAUCCGUCGGAGUUCUCCUUCAGCAGGUUCAGAUUCGUUUCGAAUCGUUGGUUUAUCUCCAAUCAGGAUGGCUCGGAGCAAUGUCGACGGGAGUCGCGCUCCUCGUGUCACCCGUGACGAUCGCGUUCUGUCGGAAAAAAAGUACCCGAGUCACUGCGGUUCUCGGUGGCCUCGUCACAGCUCUGGGAUGUCUCUUUACCUCGUUUGCCUCGCAAUUCCACCAGCUUUUCUUCAGCUACGGCACGGUGGUCGGAAUUGGUGUGGGAAUGACGAGAGAUUGCAGUACUUUGAUGGUGGCUCAAUACUUUAAAAGACGAAGGGAAUUCGUCGAAAUAUUUAUCGUGUCAGGCAGUGGCCUCGGCAUCGCCGUCAUGUCUGCCUUCAUCAAAGGUGCCAUAAGCAAAAUUGGCUGGAGACUCGGUCUUCAGGCAGUCACGGGAGUCGUUUUCCUGACCUUCAUACUCGGCACGUUCUAUCGAAGUGCCUCGCUCUAUCAUCCCCAGAGACGUGCCAUACUUCAUUUGAAGAAUCAGAAACGCAAGAUCAAGGACAAAAAUAGAGUCGACGACCGGCCACCAUUUUUCGAUUUUAGCACGUUGAAGAGCAAAACUGUCAGGAUAUUGCUCGUUUCAACUGGCAUUUCGGCAUUUGGUAUCAACACGCCCAUUUUCUACUUGGCUCAUCAAGCUGAAGAGGAGGGUCUUGGCGACACCGUUGUACUUCUUCAGACUUAUCUGGGGCUUGCUUGGACACUUGGUUGCGUCGCUUUUGGACUUUUAGUGGUACACCACAGCGUGGAGUGUCGUAUCGCUCGACAAUAUCUCACUCAAGCCGCUGUCUUUAUGUGCGGACUUUGCAUACUCGCCCUUACCGCUGUUCAUGGAAAUUACCAUGGUUAUGUUAUGUUUACCUGGAUUUAUGGAAUUUUCUGCGGGGGUUAUCACUACAGCCUCAAAAUGUACACGUACGAGAGAGUCCGAGCAAGAAACUUUGCGAGAACUUGGGGUUUCGUGCAAUGUUCUCAGGCAAUACCGAUCGCCAUCGGUGUGCCAAUUUCAGGCUACAUGAACGUCGGCUGCGGAGGAAAAGCCGGUUACUACUUCAGCUCGACUUGCGUACUCGUGGGAAGUUUCACCCUCUUUUUCAUAGAUCUUCACAGAAGAAAUUUGUCGCGGCACAAACACACGAGAGCCAACGGCACGAGGCACUUGUGCGUGGCGGACAAUUGUCCUCAGAGGAGACGAUUAUCUUUCACGCAGGAUCCGGAAAACGAGGGGGUGGCCGCCGGAGCGGCGGCUGCUGCGUUGGUACUCGGGGCGGAACUCGCCCCGGGCCAAGGUGAAAUAAUUGAUGCUCUGGGGGCCGAUAAACCGGAGCUGACAUGCAUUUCGGAGGAGGGUAUAGCGGACAUGGAUUUGCCGGAUAAUCUACUGGACGAUCUCGAUUACAUUGGGGACUGUAUAACCUCGUGCAACAAGGUCGAGAAUUAUCUGAUGCUCUCAGAGUUCGAGAACAAUUUGAUCGCCGAAAUGCCGAUAAUAAUGGAUCGUAAGGGACGUCGAUGGUCAUUGGCUCGUUCCAAACCCGGGCCUCAAGCCAGUCAGGGUGCCAGUGGCAAUGGUAAUGGCAAUAAUGACAACGGUCAAUCAAGUACCCCCGAGGAGGACGAGGAGACCAAAGGAAAGUGGCAUUUGGCACCAACCACCAACAAUAGGGUCAUUACCGUCAUAGACGAGGCUAGCACGUAGUAUUUCAAUCACUUUUCCCCCCAACUCUCGAUUAAUCAAAUGCGCAUAUAGUUAAUUAUACGUGGAGAAACAAAUUAUACCAUUAGUUAGACUCGGUUUAUUCGUUUGACGGAAUUUUGGCUCUUUCGAAUAAUAAAACGUCACGAAAACCCCUCGCCCUCAUCCUCGCCCUUAAAACGUUACUGUUCCUCUUGAAUAUCGAAUUAGCUCAAGUAUUUCAAUCGUUGCAUUUGUUUCAAACUCGUCAACAGUUCCAUGACGCUUUCAUUUAAAUCUCCCUUAAGAGAAUCUCCUUCGUUUAACAAGAGACUUUUCCAAAGUGUCUUUGAAAAAGUUUGAAUUAUUAUUGAAUAUUUCUAAUGGCUUUUACGAAUAUGUUAAUAUUGUACGAGCUAUAGGUGUAAAGAAAAGCAAAAAGAAAAGAGAGAAACGAUAUGCGACGUCAAACACGUGUCAGGUAAUGCCACAUUUUUCCUUGUAUCAAAGACAAUAAUGCUCAAUUGUUUAAUUGACUCGGCGAUGCAGCGUUGACACCGAUUCGCCUCUAGGUAAUUUUUUCAAUAACACAAAACACAACUCGAGAUUUUUAGCUCCUGAAUUUGAUCGAACGAGCAGAACCAAGCGAGGAAUAAAAUCGGAUGAAAAAUGCAAUGAAACUCAACGAAUAAAAGACACAACGAAAUUCGUAUCGAAAUAUAUGGAACGAUCCGUCCACUGUAGAGGAAAAAAGACAUUUCGAGAAUUCGCUUUGGCUUUCUCUCAUCCACUGCUAUAGCAAAGGCGAUAACGAAUCAAGGGCGAUUAUCCAGCACUGCCGUAAAAACACAAGAUCCAUCUCAUCUUUGUGCUUUGUCCCGCACUGAUUUCAUUCUGUAUUUUUACGAUUUGUUACGAAGAAUAAGAGAAUUUCAGAGUGCGUAAAAUACUUUUUCUCAAUUGAUGGAAAAUCAAAUGAAACCGGUCGAGAUUCAAAUGGUCUAAAUUCAUAGAAUUUAAGUAACGAAUAAACGGAAAUGUCAAAGUCUAGUCAAUACUCGAGAUGAGAAUUUCGAUUUUUUUAAAAUGAGUUCAGGGACUCCGAAACGAAUGAUAAAGAAAUAGCAAAUGAUACACGGACACGAAACGGAAUUGCGUCACCGAGUUACGAUCAAGUGAUAUAGGAAUAUACAGCAAAUGCGUAUUAUUUUUAUUUAAUAAGAAAUUUUAAAAAACGAAACAACAAAAAAUAAAGUGUUUUAGAACGUGUAUAUAUACAAAUAUUAUAUUUAUGAUGAAUAGAUAAAACGGAAACUAUAUAGUUCGUAUACACGCGAGAUGAACAUUUAAUAAUGAAAAAAAAUGACUAAAAAAAGAAAAUGUUGAACGUAAUUUUCGCGAUGUUAAACAUGUUAAAUUAAAUCGUAUCGCAGAAAAAUAAAAUAUUAUUAAUCACCGA